AUGUUAAGCCCGCAUACCUUCUUACUAGGUAUAUUGUUCUACAACAACGCCUUCCGCGCUCCUAGGAUUCGCUCUAUAGGUGAUCUAAGGCGUCUAUUUUUAGAGAGUGAUCGGCAGCAGAUAGAGAUACCACUCAAGCCUGAAAAAUCUGAGAAUUAUAUAUUCUGCAAAAUUAAAGGGAUCAAAGGCCUGAUAAAAUACCAUUAUAAUCAACCCAUCUCAAAAAGGCUUGUUAGUAACGCACAACAAAACUUAAUUAUAAAAUAUACCGAUAUUCGGACUUUCCUUAAUCACUACCUACCACGGCGUAUUGGCACGGACAUACAGUCUUUAAUACAGGGGUUAGAGCCUGAUUCUGCGAUAAUACGUGCGAGGCCUCGUAAGCUUACCGAUAAGCAGAAAGCAAGCGUCGAGGAAGAUUCUAAGCUUAAGGAAGCAAUUAAAAAACGAGAUAUAUUUUCUAAAAAGCUUUAUCAAGAUAAGAAAAAGAUCACAAAUACGCGUAAUAGACUUUUUUACAACCUCCGGAAGUAUAUACAGGAAGAAUUUGAUAGCCAACAGGCUGUCACUGACAUCAAAAGGCAGCUCGCUGAAGGUAUACUCUAUAAGCAAGAAACAAAAGAGAUACUUCUUACAGAGGAACAUAUACUCCCUAAGCAAAUAUCUCUGCUGGAAAAAUUAACAACCUAG